AUGACAUCAGUUCAGCUCCUCACCGACUGUGAUAGGUACAAGGACCACACCAAUUCGAUGGUCGCUGGCAACGCUCGAGAAGAUAUGCUCAGGUUGAAGGCAGAACUUAGAAAGCCCAAUUUCUCACUUGCCAGUCUGUCACAGAGUUCGGCUGGGCUUGGCGUACCGCGUAGCGUAGCUAGGGCAACGUACACUCAGCCACCGGUAUCUGCUUAUCUGGAGGGAGCCGAUCCCAAUGUCCGGGAAGAACGCAAGAACGAAUUAGAAUCAGCGCACUUCGUGUUCGGGGUUGGCAGAGAAGAGGACCUGCGCAACUUACGGUCAUCGUCAGUGGCUAACACCUCCUACGGGCCCAUCCCAGCUCAUGCGUACGCUCAGCGUGGCCUAGACCCCCACCUGCAAGCGGAUUUGAGGAGAAAUGAUGAUGCUAAACCAGCGAGAAUGCCUGAGGACGUUCGGAAAGAUCUGCGGGCAUCUCAUUUCCAACUUGGCCCGAAGACCGCUAAUCCGGAGAACUGGCUGACGACCCAGGCUCAGUCGAUGGUACCUCAUCCUCCUCAAUCAAAUGAGCUCGACAAGGCGCUGAAGGCAGAUCUUAGGGCUUCCCAUUUCAGUAUCGGUGCCCUCGGGGAUGCGGAGAAGCUGAACCUAGACGUAGCCACCUGCUCUGCUGCUGAGAGCACAUGA